AUGAACAAGGCCGACCACACGAUCGACGGAUAUAAGUACAUCGAAUAUGAAGUUUUUAAAGCAAGAACUGAUGUAUUUACCCUGCGUUGGAAAGGCAGUGAUAAAGGUAGUAUUUGGAAGGGACGGAGAGUGGUCGCGCAGCUAGAUGCAAAGGUAGAUGGGGAAACGGUUGUUGCUAUCGGCGAGUCUGUGAUUAUAGACGAAAAGCAUAUUAAGUGUGUAUACUCUGAAGAAACUCCCUGA